ACACUAUCUUUACAACAAGAUCGUUGAGUAAAAAUAAAGGACAAAGGGAUUUUGCGAGAUUUUUAAAUGCCAUUUUUCAAUAUGGAUUUCUUAAUACUUAUAUUGGUUUGUAAUCGAGUAUCAAUUUCAAAAACCAAUUUAAUGUCAUUUUGUAUCACCUUUAAGUGUGUAAAUACCAGCAUUAUGCAUCACCUCUGCUCUUUAUUCAUUUUGUUAAGAUUACUUUUCAAUUAUAUUAACGAGAAAGCACCCUGUAACAAUUUCAAUUCUAAUUUCAAAAAUGUAGAACAAAUUACCAGAAAAGAAUAGAAAAUGAAAAUUAUUAAAACCAGUAUAAGGCAUUGCCAGUUUAUGGAUACCAUGAGGCCGAGUAGAGCAAGAUGAAUUUUUCAUUGUGAACCAAUGUUAAAGUAAACAAACAGACAACACAGAAGCGAUGGGGGUUGUGGAUAUUACCACGGGUGAGCAUGGUGGCUGUUUAAUCUGGACGAGGCAAUGAUAAGGCUCCCCUUUAAAGAUCACGGCCUCUAUGAAAUAAUCAAUCAGUCAUUGUUGAUCUAAUCUUUGAGCUAGUUUCUAUUAUUACAAAUCAAAAUGAAUGUUCAUGGUCCGUAUCGCCUCUUAGACGAGACAUACGGCAGAGAUUGACAGUGACUACCAGGGGGAGACUCGGAUAAUGAUUAGUGUUAAGUGAGCAAUAUUACGCUUCAUCACUGAUAUGGAUAAGGAAUCUUCACCUAUUAGCUAUGAUUCUGUGGAGGACGUUCACAGGCGAGCCUACAAAACCUUCUGUAAACAGCUGGGGGUCAUGCCAUGCUCCAAUGUGCUGCGGCAGUUCGGCAAAACGUCCGUCAACUUAGCUGACCUUAACCUUUCUAACAAGGAGCUCAAGGCUGCUUUAAUGACAUUCAUAAACAUUUUCAGAGAUGAUGAUGGCGAUUAUAGUGACGAAGACAGUGAGAACGAUGGAGAAAUUUAUGAGAUUAAUUUGUCGGGAAAUAAAUUGACCACCAAAGAAAUGGAGUACGUUAUAGAUCUCCUGACAGUAAAUAAAAGGAUCUCAAAUUUGGUCUUGUCGGGUUGUCAUUUGGCGGGAGAAUCCUUGGAAAAACUGGCGGACUUCCUCAGAAAAUCAAACACCAUCCAGAAACUGGACCUCAGCAACAACGAUUUAACAGACAAAGACGCUGAAGCACUUUGUAGAAUUAUUCAGGAUAAUGAAAGCAUCUUCGAGUUGAUUUUAGCUCACAAUAACUUAGGGGAGGGAGGUGUAGCUAUUGGAAACGCUUUAGAGAAAAACGAUACCCUGAGAUCCUUAGAUCUUAGCUGGAACCACAUACGAGUCAUCGGUGCGGUGGGACUGGCAAAAGGUGUCCAGAAAAACUGCCAUCUGGAAAAACUAAUCCUGGCUUGGAAUGGGUUUGGUUUUGAGGGCAGUGUAGCCCUAAAGAGACUUCUGGAAAACAACACCUCAUUACUUCAUCUUGACCUCUCUUGCAACCGGAUCCAUCCGCCUGCAUUAUUUGAAAUUAUUAAAGGGCUGGAGAAAAAUAAAACAUUAUCUUUACUUAAUCUUUCACAGAAUCCUAUUACGGCACCGAUGACGUCAAUAUUUUUGAGUCGUCUGCUUCGCGCAAAACACUCUGGUCUUCAAGAACUCGAUCUAGCGGGCAUUGUUGUGGACAAAGAAUUCGAAUCGGUGUUAGAAAAAAUAAGAGAGAAAAGACUCUUUACUGUACGAUAUGAUACCUCACUUCCGGUGAACAAAGGAGCCGCAGUGAAAGUUGAUCCUAAGAACGUGUUUAACAUUGACCCAAUCAGAAUCCUGUAUUUCAUGAAAGAACAUUUAAGGACCAUAGAUUUAUUUUUGAAAUUUGAUAAGGAUUCUAACAACUGUCUUACACGGGAUGAAAUGCAAUUAGCGUUUGAGAUGGAGGGAUACCCAAUAAGCCAGGAGGCCAUGGAUUCCGUCAUGUCGUACCUAGACACCAACAAAGAUGGCAGCGUCGACUUACUUAUACCAUUAUUACAAGAAGAAAUUGAGCGACUUCAUACAAAAUUCCCGGGGACUUACAGAGAGUUUAUCGAUGGUGAACGGAAGUUAAAGAGGAAAUUAAUUCAAGAAAGAGAAGAGCAAAAGUUACGCCAAUUAGCGGAAGAGGAACUCCGUGGAGGUCAUGAAUACUCACAGGCGUACCGCCGUCCAGCCAAUCCAAAGCUACCUCCUAUCAGAAAAUGAGUCGUCUGUGUUUCUGUGUCCCAAGUUACUUCUACAACUGGGCGUAGUAAGGUGCUACUGUGAUAAUUUUUUAGACUAUUUAAAAUGGACCUGAAUUAUAAGAGUCCGUACUCUAUGGCUCAAGGUCAACCCGAAGGUGUUUUUAUUUGCUAGAUUAUGACCGUAAAAUCAAAUAUGUGAUCCAUUUUUAGACCAAUACAACAAACUGAAACUUUGGAAGGUCGAGCAAGUGUAUGCCAUGUUUAUAAUAAUCGUUGAUCAUGUGGUAGACCAUUAAGAUUAAAGUGAAUAAUAACCUAUGAGGUACACUUUCUCCUUUCUCAAACGGGAUACUUUGAAAGAAGUCAGUAGCCAGGCAAAGAAGACAAAAAGAUAUCAUAAAAUCCAGAAGUCUAUGUUUCUAUCAGUCUAUUUUGGACCAUGUUGCACACUAACGUAGAGGAAAAUUUCCAUUGGUGUUCCUUCAGCGUACACUAUAUGUUACAUCGGUCCUAAAACGCCGUCAUGUCGCAGGCCUCCGGCAGGUUGCAAAAUACGUAUAUUCAUCUUUUGCACGCAAAAAAACUUUAUUGUUCAGAAAAUAAACAUAACUAUAAUAUUAAAGAUUAAAUCAAAAUGGGAUGCAAACUCAAGGAUUCCAAUUGAAUUAUUAUUUUUAUAUAUAUUUUCAAUGAGUCAUAUUGUAUCUUUGUUUACCUCUUGACGCUGUGUUAUUUUCCUUUUUUCAUUUAUUAUGUGUUUAAAGUGGCAUACAAGCCCGACGGGCUGGAUGUUAAAAUCUAUACUUAUUACUGUAUAUAUUCCAUUUUAAAUUGUUAUACACAUGUCACCAUAAGUAAAUAAAUAAAUUACUUUUAUGAUAUAAUGUAUACAUUCAGAGUAUGUUUUACCUUAUUGCUUUUGAAAUCUGGGACGUUUAAUUUCUUGUAAAAACACUUGGCCUAUUCACGGCACAUAUAUAAAAACGUCAUCACGCGUUUUGAAUAUAUUUAUUAUUGUAAGAUUAAAAGAAAUGUUCGAACUUACAAAACCAAUUUGAUAUGUACUUAUGAAAAAUAAUCGAUAAAUCAUGUAUUUUCGUGAAUAAAAAAUAUUUGUCUCGACAAAGUUUCUGGCACUGUAUUUUUAGACGCGAAAUUGAACUAAAUAACAUGUUAAUAUGACUGUUCCGUGUAUGU